GUGGCCAUCAAAAAAUUCACCCGGCCUUUUCAGGACCGCGAAUUUGCCCUGCGUACCCUACGGGAGAUGCGGAUCCUUCGGCACCUACGCGGUGGUCCCGAAAAUCACGUCGUUCAAUUCUUGGGUGCCUACACCCCAGACGCGUCGCUUGAUUUGCUUGAGCAAGUCUACGUCGUGAUUGAGGCGCUGGACUUUGACCUGCGCAAGAUCCUAAAUAGCCGUCGCCUCUCAGAGGAUCUGAUUCGGCACAUUAUGGUUCAGGUGGCCCAAGGCCUGGAGUACAUGCACUCUGCCAACGUGCUGCAUCGUGACCUCAAGCCAGAGAACAUUGCCUGCAACUCCGACACCUCCGUUCGGAUCAUCGACAUGGGGCUUUGCCGCACGCAGCGUCAGGCCAAGGACACCCCAUAUGUCCAGACUCGCUUCUAUCGAGCGCCAGAGAUUGUCUGCCUCUGCGAAUAUGAUCGACCUGCCGAUUGGUGGUCUUUUGGUGCGAUUCUAGCAGAAUGUAUG